UGCGCGCAGCCGAAACCCCACCCAAUGAGGAAGGGCACGCCAUAGGGACAACGGCGGUGGCGGCUGGCGAGCGCGCAGCGACAAACACAGUCGUAAAGAACGAAGGCGGCAUUUCGAGCCCGCGUCGGCUAGUUUCGCACGGCUUUUGGUUUUGUCAGUGUGCGCGAUCUCGGCAGGCGGCGUCUGCGCUCCCGGUUCCACCAUGAUCGCCCUGUUCAACAAACUGCUCGACUGGUUCAAGGCACUCUUCUGGAAGGAGGAGAUGGAGCUCACGCUGGUGGGCCUGCAGUACUCGGGCAAGACCACGUUCGUGAAUGUGAUCGCGUCUGGCCAAUUCAGUGAAGAUAUGAUCCCCACUGUGGGCUUUAAUAUGAGGAAGAUCACAAAGGGAAAUGUCACCAUCAAGCUGUGGGACAUCGGUGGCCAGCCUCGAUUUCGGAGCAUGUGGGAGCGAUACUGCAGAGGAGUCAGCGCCAUUGUGUACAUGGUGGAUGCAGCAGACCCAGAGAAAAUUGAAGCCUCUAAAAAUGAGCUGCAUAACUUGUUAGACAAACCCCAGCUCCAGGGCAUUCCUGUGUUGGUUCUGGGGAAUAAGCGGGACAUUCCAGGAGCUUUGGAUGAGAAGGAGCUUAUUGAGCGAAUGAAUCUGUCUGCCAUCCAGGACAGAGAGAUCUGCUGCUAUUCCAUCUCCUGUAAGGAAAAGGAUAACAUCGACAUCACACUACAAUGGCUGAUCCAGCAUUCCCGAACCAGGCGAAGCUGAGGCUUGACAUCCAAACCCCUGAGAAACCCAUCUUGGGACCCCCUGUUCCCCUCUCAUGAUCCCUCCAUCUCUGUCCAGGAUAACUCAGUCUUUCUUUCAAGAUCUACACUUCUGUCAAGGUCCUACAUCUGACUCUGUUCUUUUAAGAGGGGGUGAAUAACAUUAUUGCACUUAACAUAUUUUUUUAAAAUCGCUGUCUAAAUUUCUUUGGUAUUAACAUAAUUUCCGGUGGGUAAAUUGACAUUUGCUGUUUGUGUAGCUGUUUGCUCUUGCCAUUGGUAUCAUGUUUGUUAUGAAUAGACUUGAUGGAAACAAAGGAGAAAUUCAACAGUAAAGCUCUGUUAAAUGAUAAACAGUCUCUCUUGCAGCUAACAUUACAGCGUUGCCUUGAGAGGUCAUUAACAUCAGUUUUUUUUCUUUUUUUUUUAUUUUUGGUGACAAGGUGAAACAUUAGACACUAAAAAGUGGUACUGUGGUGUUUUUUAAAUUAAAUCAGAUUGAGCUGUGGUGGCGUUGAAACAAGAACACAUGACCAUCAGCUCAGUCUCCUGGUCCGAUUGCUUGUGCUGAUCUCUGCUUCUGGUGAGCAUCCAUUGCUGGGUGCUUUUGGCUUGGAGUUGGAUGUCACACUCAUUAGAUGAGAGUCAUGCUCAUGGUAGUAUUUCAAAACUGUUGUACAUGCAAGAUUCUUAUUUCAGACCUCGGGUUCUUGUUUGAGACCCGUGAGCCAGUUGAAAAGUGCAUUUGUAAGUUCUGCCAUUGACACUACAUGUCUUUUAUAACCCAGUGCAAUAGUGCUUUAAUUCAGUUCCAUGUCAGAAUGGAAACAAAUGCUUGCAGUGGCUGCUUGCAUCUUGUACUGGGGUGCUGAUAUUUGUUACACAUACAGUAUAGGCUGUCAGACCCUGCAAAAACUAAAGCAUUAUGAACGAAUGGCAGUGGUAGUAUCAUCUUUUGUCUAUGCAACAGGUCCUUGGGCUUUUGUUGUGUUUUUAUUCCAAGCACAGAUAUGCUGUUUCAGUUUUUUAAAAAUUGACUGUUUAAACAGUAGUAGUACAGCAUUACUAAGCCCUGCAGAUAUAAUCAUUCACCCUGACAACUACUGUAAUCUUUAAUUGACUCCAGCAUUUUAUACGAAAACAAUUCCUAAUUGCAUUGACAUUUAGCUAAGAUUUGGAUCUAUUCUCUUACAAACUGCUGUUAAAAUCACAGUUCAUUUGUCUUGAAGAAAGAUUCUGCAGUUGCAGUCAGUGGACAUGGAGAAAUGCAUGAUUACAAUAAAAAAAAUGGAGCUCAUUUUACAAUAAGCAGAAGUCAUCAGUGUAAGGUCUGUAAUUUUUGUGUAUUUAGUGAUUCCUUUAAAGUAAUAUAACUUAAGCAUAGCUCUCACCACACAUAAGGUGGCAUUUGCAGCUUUUGAAGACUUAGUAUUUGGAGACAGAUGAAGGUUACAGUGGAGGGUACAGUUUUAUGGUUGAUAACAUUAGGCCUAGGGCAAACGGGUAACCUGUGAAAUGACCUGAACCGCAAACUGGUGUUCCAAAUUAGCUGUAAAAUGAUUUAGUUGCACAGAACCUAUAGUGUUAUCAUGUGGGUGAACAAUUUAAUAAUAUGUAUUGGCAAUUUGACUACAUUAUUCCUGGCAUGGUUUAUAUUUGUAUGUAUGUGUGUGGGUGUGUUUACAGUCUGUGGAGGCAUAGUAUGUUGUUCUCAGUCAUAUCCUUUUUAAGAAGAACAAAUACUGUAGAUGCAGAAUUCCACAUUCAACUUAACAUUGUUCUCCUUCAGACCAUUGUGCUUUAAUGCUGGGAGUCCCAUUUAUCCUUUUGGCAGGUGACCAAGGAAGAUCUGUUGGUCUAAAUAUCCUGCUGCAGAACUGCAACGUAUGCUUUCUAGUGUUGGAGAAACUUUUGUACACAUCUGUUGUAAGCAGCACAGCUGAAAUUCAGUUUUCUAACAUAAGUUCAACCAAUUGUUGCGUAUGAUGUGGGAUCCAUGUGUUGACAGUUGUCCUCUCUGAACCAGAUGUGAAGAUCUUGAUGACCUGGAAGUGUCCCUCUACCCAGUGUAUUGACUAAUAUCCAGCACCAACUUUGCUGAGUUCAGUCCAUGUAUUUUUAAAUACUGAACAUGUGUAAAUACCAGUUAUUAAAACUAAUAUAAUGGUAUACUAUAAUAUCUAAAUUAAAGUCAUGAUGUAAGUUCUCUUAAGAUGCAAAGCUCACCUGGUAAUUGAUCUGUUCAGUCUUUCUACCAACACUUUGUCUGGGUGUUCCCACAAUGCACCUCUUCAAUUCUGUCAGGUGUGAGCUUCUGCUGCUGUUUGUCUUUAGGACAAACUAAAUUUGCUGUUGCUUGGUAUUUUAUGUUUUGGGAACGCUCAGGACCGUGAAACCUGGAAAAUAAUCUGGCUUCUGUAUUAUAAUUAUGUUGCCUUUAAAUUGUCAUGUGCUUUUUUCAUUUUUUUUUUUUUUUUUUUUUUUUGCACGAUACCAUUUUAUUUAAAGCCUAUAUCAGAUCAAGUGGCCAUAUUUAAUUUUGAUAGGUACAGAAUAACAAUAUGUUGGUAUUAUAGUAAAUAUGUGUACAUUUUAAUCUUUUUGGUAUUUUUUUUAUAAAUUCACAAUUGUGUUUAUGGGAUCUUGUAUAUAGCAACGUAAAACCAAACGGACUGUGUUUGUUUCUCAGAUUUGUUGUAAUUACUGGCUCAGAUGUUACUUUAGACUUGCGUCCUUUUCAGUGGGUCACAUUUGGUGAAUGUGUCAUCCUUCAAAAAUUACAUGGUGAGGGGGAAUAAGACUGUGUGUGGAGCUACUGAAGAGUGGGAUUUGGCAGUAUGUGCUGGGGUAUAGUUAUGUUGGAAUUCAUCUUUAGAGGAAACCAAGUGUGAGGGUAGUUUGCUUGACUGUCAGGGAACUGGAAUACUAGUCAGUAGUCUGUAUUUAGCAUGUGUUUCCCCCUGGAGAAAUAAAUUCAAGUGAAACCCGGGGCCUGGCUUGUGCGUUUUCUCAGCUUUUUUUGGCUCCCCCCCCCCCCAGCAUUUCAUUCGUUCCUUAGUACAUGUCGGGCAAAGACCGUCGCGGCUAUGGCGAAGUCAGUUGCCAUCCUUCUGUCGAAAGGCCACAUUCCACCUGCAAAAGUGGCUGCAAGUGACAGCGUGCUCUCUUUGGGGAUGGACACCCUGACGAUUUCCAUGUUGCGUAUGGAAGACCUGUAGAUGUAGUGCACUUGAGAACCUCAAACUGUUUGUUUUUCCUCAUGUACUCUUUGUCAUGGAGAUUGUUGACCUUAAAAGGAAGUGUGUAAUGCCCUUUUGUGCUCAUAAUAAGAUGAUCCUUCUUAAAAUGUGCUUUUUUUUCUUUAGUAUGUAUAAAAAUAUUAACCACUGCUGUUCCCUUUAUAUUGUUUUGCUUAACAAUUGAAACAUAACUACAACGUGACUUAUUGAGUGCACAUAGACAUAUUUUGAAAAACAUUGAGUAUGUCUGUUAAAAUUUGUUCCACUUUUUAUAGUAACUGGAGUGCGGGCUCUGUUGUUCAUUAUUUUAAAGUAGCCAAGGCACCAUAGACAAGAACUAACAUCAAAAAACAAAAGGAUAGCAAAGUUUUCUGAGACUGAAUAUCUUAAUGCUUAAAAAUAAAACUUUUUAAAAAUGAUAACCCUAGUCCAAUAUUACCAGAACACAGGGUUUAUGUUGGUCAACUUUGACAGAAUAAAAACAAUGGAAAUCAAUUUAUUUUAACGGUUUAUAUUAUAUUGUCCUGCCAGUGAUAACUGUACUGUUGUUAUUGAUAUCUUGAGAUAAUUUAAAAAGUAAUAAACAAUUUCCCAAAAAUGUCCACUUUUUGUC